AUGGAUGCUACCACCACCAACUCCGGCGAGUCCAACUCGAGUUCGGAGCUUCCGAUCUCGCGGUCGCCGUGUGUCACAAUACCUCCGGUGUUAAGUCCGACGUCGUUUUUGGAGUCGCCUGUUCUUCUUUCUGACAUGAAGGUGGAACCAUCACCAACUACUGGGUCCUUUCUUCAAGCUUUACAUUGUUCUAUGGCUUCUACUGGUUCUGCUACGUUUUCUGUAACCUCUGCAUGCUUCAAUAACAGCGCUGUUAAUGGCAGAAAAUCAAGUUUCUUUGAGUUUAAACCACAUGAUAGAAAUAUGGUUCCUGCAGACUUCAACAACGAUGCGCGUGAACAAUCUACUCAAGUAGAAGUUCCGGCACUUGUGCUCCCGUUGAUGUCGAUUCGAAUGAACUUAACCUCAAAGGCAACGGAGCUAAUGGACUUCAAUCCUCGAACGAUGGAUACAAUUGGCGAAAUGAAAAAACUUUUCGAACGCUCUCAUGACGGUCAAAUCACCGAGAUUAUUUAUAAGGGAACACAUGAUCAUCCUAAACCUCAACCAAACAACCGAUACUCUGCUGGUUCUGUUAUGUCUACGCAAGGAGAGAGGUCCGAUAAUAGGGUAGACAAAGCAUCCAAUAGUCCAGAGCAAUCGCCCGUGACAACAAUUGAUCUUAGUCCAGACGGUGCUGGAUUUGCGUCGACUAGGACAAAUGACGAGGUUGAUGAUGAUGAUCCCUUCUCCAAGCGAAGAAAAAUGGAACUUGGAAAUGCUGAAAUCAUUCCUAUUGUUAAGCCGAUCCGAGAGCCGCGAGUUGUUGUACAGACUAUGAGCGAAGUUGAUAUAUUGGAUGAUGGAUACCGCUGGCGUAAAUAUGGACAGAAGGUGGUGAGAGGAAAUCCUAACCCAAGGAGUUAUUACAAAUGCACAAACACGGGUUGCCCCGUGAGAAAACACGUGGAGAGGGCAUCACAUGAUCCGAAAGCUGUAAUAACAACAUACGAAGUUUCAAUUGAAGCGACAAGGAUAAAGUUGGAAGAAAGUGAUACUAUUAGUCUUAACCUUGGAAUGGGAAUCAACUCAGCAACUGAAAACAGAUCGAACGGCCGAAGGCAAAUGCUGCUUUCUGAAAUCGGCAAUAGCAGUCAAAUUCACACAAGCAAUUCCAAUUUCAAGUUUGUUCAUACUACAUCGGUUCCGGUAUACUAUGGUGUUCUAAAUAACAGUUCAAAUCCAUUUGGUUCUAGCGAAAAUAGGAAUGAUGGUUCGUCUUUGAACCGUUCUGCGUAUCCUUGCACGCAGAAUAUGGGAAGAAUACUAAUGGGGCCAUGA